UGAAGAGGUUUAGCUGCAGCAGGGAGAAGCAGGUCAGAUGAACAUAUUGUGUGUGUGUGUGUGUGUGUGUGUGUGUGUGUGUGUGUGUAUGUGUGAGAGAGUAAUGUAACGUCCAUGUUUGCAUGCUGAAAGAGGAUGUGCUGGUCUGACCCCCCUCCUCCUUUCAGGGUGGAGCCUGCUGGAGUCCGAUGGUUGAGACCAGGUCUGAGAAAGUAUUCCUGUGAACUCACAAUCGACACAAACACAGUGAACGGAUGGAUCAAACUGUCUGACAACAACAGGAAGGCGACAUAUGUGGAGGAGCAUCAGUCAUAUCCUGAUCAUCCAGACAGGUUUGACCACUGGCCUCAGCUGCUGUGUGGAACUGGUCUGACUGGUCGCUGUUACUGGGAGGUCGAGUGGAGAGGAGACGUUUCUGUAUCAGUGAGUUACAGAAGAAUCAGAGGGAAAGGAAACAGUAAAGACUGUUUGUUUGGACGGAAUGAUCAGUCCUGGAGUCUGUUCUGCUUUGAUGGUGGUCGUUACUCUGUCUGUCACAAUAACAGAACAACAUCCACCUCCUCCUCCUCCUCCUCCUCCAUCUCUAACAGAGUAGGAGUGUAUGUGGACUAUCCUGCUGGCACUCUGUCCUUCUACAGAGUCUCCUCUGACACACUGAUCCACCUCCACACCUUCAACACCACAUUCACUGAACCUCUUUAUCCUGGCUUUCAGUUCUGGUCCUGGUCUGCUUCCUCAGUGUCUCUGUGUUCUCUGUCGGAUGGAGAAACUCCUCCAGUUAGAGAAACAUUCUCACUGCUGAACAGAUCAGUUGAGUCUGUGCAGGAUCAGUCACUGAAAUCUUUAAGUUCAUGAUCAUAAAUGAAUCAUUGAACUUUGUACAAAAUGAUUCAAAGUGAUUGAAAAUAUUCCUCAUUUACAUUGUGACCUUCUUCCACUUCCAGUCCUUUAAAGAUGGAAGCUGUGAUCAUUAAAUUGUGGACAUGCUGCAGAUUUCUACCCUCUGCUGUGUGUUGUUUUGAAUUGUGGCUCUUGUUCCAAUAAAAGCUGAAUGUUACUGUGA